GAUGUACUUGUGAUCACUGACCACUUUACUAAGUUGGCACAUGCCUUCACCUGUCGUGACCAGUCAGCUAAGAGUGUGGCAAAGAAGCUGUGGGAGGGUUUCUUCUGCAUAUAUGGUUUCCCUCAGCGCAUACACUCUGACCAGGGCCCAAGCUUUGAGAGUGAGUUGGUGGCAGAGUUAUUGGACAUGGGGGGCAUUAUGAAAUCACACACUACGCCCUACCACCCCAUGGGCAAUGGUGUUACGGAGAGGUUUAACCGAACUUUGGGGAGCAUGCUGAGAUCUCUGCCCCCUAGAGUGAAACAGAAGUGGCCACAAAUGAUUCAGUCGAUGACGUUUGUGUACAACUGUACUGCACAUGAAACGACUGGGUUUGCGCCAUUUUACCUGAUGUUUGGACGGGUUCCACGGUUACCGGUUGAUCUCAUUUUCAAGAGUGUUCUUCGUGAUGACACAGUUUGUGAUUACAAUGCCUAUGUCAAGUCACUCAUGAAUGAUCUACAUUCUGCUAUGGUCCUGGCUCAAGAACACAGUGCUGCUGAGCAGAGACACCAAUCAAGGCAGUACAACAAAAGGGUCAGGGGCUUACCUCUGUCGGUGGGGGACCGGGUGCUGUUGGCAAACAAGAGCGCGAGAGGGAAACGUAAACUGUCAGAUAAAUGGGAGUCUACAGUUUUUGAGGUAGUCGCUUCUAAACCCGGCCUUAACCUCUAUAAGAUCAGGGAUUCCUCAGGACGUGAAAGGACAGUUCAUCGCAACCUCCUACUCCAGGUCAACUUCUUGCCCUUGGACCCUUCAUUGGAUGAGCAGUGCUCUGUUAGUUCUGUUGCUGCCCCAGGGAAGCCCGAUACCUCCUCCUCAGAGAGAGGAACUGACACCCUAGGGCCUCUUAUCCCUCCUUGUGUCUGUGAGUCUAGUGAGGUCCGUACGGCAUCCUGGGUUCAGGCACAGUCAUCAUGUGAGAGCGAAGACUUACCCUCUCCUGAGGGGAUGUGUUCUGCCUCCCUUGGGUGGGCUGGUGCAGGUGCUCCUUCACUCCCUUCCAUUGAGUCACAUAGUCAUCAAGGGGACUUACAUGACCUUCAGGACAGGGGUUUAGGUCACAGAGUCACUACGCGUCUUGGCAGGAUUAUCAAGCCGGUGUGUAGAUUGAUUGAGUCUAUGGCCCAGAUUGAGUCUGUUUUUGGGAAUCAAAAAUCUCCUAUCAGAACUGUGUAAUUAUUUUUUUGUUUGUUUGUUUUGUUUUUCCCCACACUUCAUCCUUGGUCUCCUGAUUGUUAUGCUUCUAGGCAAGUACUUUGUUGAGUAUAUGGAUGGCGUGUACAGGCUUUUAUUUCUGAAUAUUGUAAUUAGCCAAAACGGUGUGGUGUAUAGGGCACCACAUCCUGUCUGAUAGGUUUCUGUAACCUCUUAAUCUUUUAGUAGAUGGCUCUUCCGCCGACUUUGCCCAUUGGCUGUGGUAAUUUUUGGCCUGUGAUGUAUGUUUUUUUGUGUGUAUGUUUGUUUUCCUUAUGGUUUUAUAAUUUUGUGUAAAUCUAGGGGGGUGAAUGUAACUGGGUCUAUAUUGUUGUAUAUUUUCACAAAAUGUUUUCUUUAAUUUAUUUGCCCUCUUAUACUUGUCUGUCUUUGUGUUCCUCUGUGUCUGCUAUGAGGGGUUUGGUCCUCCAGCUCCGCCCUACUUUCUUCUUCUUUUGUUCAGGGUCCUCCAGCACCAUUAUAAAUGUUAAGUUGUUCAUUUCCUCUUCCCUUUUGUUAAUCGUUCCACUGGGAAGAGGCAAGUUUUAUAAUCUAUUGUAAUCCUUUCAUUUAUAUUGUCCAAAUGUUUAUUUUUUUUCUUCUGUAUUAAUGUUAGGUUAAUAUUUUCAUUCGAGUUGCUAUUAUGCAUUUAUAAGAUUUGAUGCAUGCUAACAUUAUGAUUUUGUAUAGAUCGGGUUGGAGAACUGGAGCACAUGCUACGUGCUAAUGCUAAUAUCUCCCGAUUGACAGGCUGAAUAAACGGAGUCCGCCUCCAAACCCAGACUCGGUGUUUUUAUGGUUUGUCCUAUAAACACACAACGCAGAAGUCCACCGGUCAC